GUAAUUUUGUUGAAUCACACUGUAUUGUGCACCAAAUCUAAUCAAAUGGGAAAAUCCAAUCCUAAGUGUUGAUUAAAAUGUGAAAUAAAAAGGAUUGUUGGAAUGGUAAAUUGAUUUUUUUUAAUAUUUUUAAAAAUCUAUCACAGAAAUACAAAAAAGUAAAAUCAACUACACAAUUGAGAAGCCAAGCCCAUCAGAGUAUUGACAAUAUUAAUUACCAAUAAAUAGAAGGCACUACAUAUGAAUUAGCAACCACAAGUGUGAUAGCACCCCCCUAGCCACCGCCAUACAACAAAUUGACAGACAAAUGUGUCAUCCCUUGUAGUCAUCGUUUAUCACUCUCUGACUUUGAUAUCAUCCUAUUCAAUUAAAAUAUCUCUAAACUUAACAUGAAUAUUGGAUAAAAUUUAGAAGUCAGUGAUGAAAAACCACACAAUAACAACCUUUAUCCUGCUGGGACUGACAGAUGACCCAAAACUUCAGAUUCCAAUUUUUAUUUUUCUAUUUCUUGCUUAUAUGUUGAGUAUAACUGGAAAUCUUACCAUCAUAUCCCUCAUUUUAAUGGACUCCCACCUCAAAACACCCAUGUACUUUUUCCUACAAAACUUCGCCUUUUUAGAAAUUUCAUUCACAUCUGCUUGUAUUCCUAGAUACUUGUACAACAUAGCAACAGGUGACAGAUUAAUUACUUAUAAUAUUUGUGUGAUUCAAGUAUUUUUCACUGAUGUCUUUGGAGUGACAGAAUUUUUCCUUCUGGCUAUCAUGUCCUAUGACCGCUACGUGGCCAUCUGCAAACCACUGAAUUACGUGACCAUCAUGAGCAGCAGAGUCUGCAAGACACUUGUCCUCUGCUGUUGGAUGGCUGGUUUAUUGAUCGUAUUCCCACCACUUACUUUUUUCAAAACCUUGAAAUUCUGUGACUCAAAUCUCAUUGAUUAUUUUUAUUGUGAUGCGUCUCCUAUCCUGAAGAUUUCCUGCUCAGACACAUGGUUCAUAGAGCAAUUUGUUAUUGUCUGUGCUGUGCUCACUUUCAUUCUGACCCUUAUAUGUGUUGUUCUGUCCUACAUAUACAUUGUGAAGACCAUUCUAAGGUUCCCCUCUGCCCAGCAAAGAAAAAGGGCCUUUUCUACCUGUUCUUCCCACAUGAUUGUGGUUUCCAUCACCUAUGGCAGCUGUAUCUUUAUCUAUGUCAAUCCUUCAGCGAAGCAAUCAGUGGCUAUUAAUAAAGCUGUGACAGUGCUAAUGACAUCCAUUGCUCCCAUGUUGAACCCAUUCAUUUAUACUCUGAGAAACAAACAAGUGAGACAGGCCUUCAGUGACUCCUUCAAAAGAAUUGCAUUUGUUACAAAGAAGUAAGAGGAUAGUCAAGUCCAGGAAUAAAAUAUCAAGCUAAGAAUAAACAAUGGCAUUUCAAAUCUGUCUGUCUCUUCCUAUUCUAUGCUAACCUUCCCAAACACUUAUUACACCCAGGAGAAACACCCAGCACCACAUAAGUGCCCUCCUUUUUUCCUCUCACAAACCCUUUCAGGAUAAUAUCCCUAAUCAGAAGUCAUGAUAAUUUUUUUUUAGUAAAUGUAAGCCUGAUUUUAUUUCCA